CACAGCGAGAGCUAGGCUAGACGAGCUACUCAAGACAAACAGCAGCGCUCUGCAAAACGACUUCUACCAUCCGCAUCCAACAUCGCCUGGGAGUCAACGGACGACGUUUAAACCUCCCAGGUUCCGCACAUUCAUGCUCCUAUGGAUUACUGAUACACUUUCGUCGAAAAACGCCAGUGUUUCUCAACUUGACGGCGUAGCCACAGAUUCUUCACACUGGUUGCCCCGAGGACACGUUGAAAGAUGAAGACUCUGGAGGAGCCCCCCUACUUGACAGUGGGGACGGAUGUGAGUGCCAAGUACCGAGGGGCUUUCUGUGAGGCCAAGAUCAAGACUGCAAAGAGGCUGGUCAAGGCCAAGGUGACCUUUAAACCAGAUCUGUCCACAGCGGAGGUUCAUGAUGAAAAUAUCAAAGGACCUCUAAAGGUGGGUGCAGUUGUCGAGGCAAAGAAUCAGGAUGGAGUUUACCAGGAGGCCACAAUCAACAAGCUGACCGAUGCGAGCAUUUAUACUGUUGUGUUUGACGAUGGCGAUGAGAAGACCCUGAGGCGUUCCUCUCUCUGCCUGAAAGGAGCACGUCACUUUGCAGAGAGCGAGACACUUGACAGACUCCCUCUCACCAACCCCGAGCACUUCGGGACACCUGUCAUCGGCAAGAAGGGCAACCGCGGGCGCCGAUCGAAUCCGAUUCAAGAAGAGGAGUUGUCUUCAAGUUCCAGUGAGGAAGAGGAGAGCGAUCAACGGCAGAAUGAGGAUAUGUUUGGCAAAGUGGUGUGUGUGGAGGGGGUCGCCACCGGGGACAAGAAGAAGACCACGUGGUAUCCUGCCCUGGUCAUCUCCCCGGACUGCCAUGAAGACGUGACUAUGAAGAAGGACAACAUCUUCGUCCGCUCGUUCAAGGACGGAAAAUUCUACAUGGUGCUGCGUAAGGACACUCGUGAGAUGAACAGCGAUUUUCCUUUGAAAGCCGACGCGGGGCUCAAACCAGCGCUGGACGCAGCCUUUGAGUUCAAGCAUCAGCUGCUCGUGCCCAAUACCUGGAAGACAGAAGUGAAAGAGGAAAGUUCCAGCAGCGAGGACGAUGAUGACGAUGAAGAGGAGGAGCAGGAGGAAGACGCCAGUGGCGAAGAGGAAGAGGAGGAGGUGGAGCCGUUCCCAGAGGAGAGGGAGAACUUCCUGCAACAGCUCUACAAGUUCAUGGAGGAUCGGGGAACUCCCAUCAACAAGCGGCCUGUUCUAGGCUACAAGAACUUGAACCUGUUCAAGCUCUACAGGCUCGUGCACAAACUUGGAGGCUUUGACAAAAUUGAAAGCGGCUCCGUUUGGAAGCAAGUCUAUCAGGACCUGGGAAUCCCUGUGCUUAACUCAGCCGCUGGCUACAAUGUCAAAUGUGCUUACCGCAAGUACUUGAAUGGAUUCGAGGAAUACUGCACUUCCACUGCCAUAAGCUUUAGGAUGGACCUCCCUCUGAAGCAGGGUUCCAAGGGGGAGGUGAAGGCUGAGGGGGAGGCAGGAGGAGCAGCCCCCCCAUCAUCCAGCUUAGAAGAGCAGAAAGCCCAGGUGGACGGAGAACCUUGCAGUGCACCGUCUGUAGUCUGCAAGGAGGAGAAACCCGAUUUGACCCGAAAAAUAAUGGAGUCUGAACUGUCAAAAACUGAGGGAAAAGACGCUAAUGAAGAAGAAGAGGAAGACGACGAUGACGAUGAUGAUGAUGAUGAUGAUGAUGAUGAUGACGACGACGACGACGACGAAGAAGAAGAAGACGACUCUCCCCUCAAGGGUGACGCAGACGAAGGCUCAUCGACAGCUCACCUCACGGCCGGGAAAAUGAAGCAGGAGCACGAUGAGGAGCAGGAGAGCAAGGACAACUCUGGGGAUGACAGCAGUCAGGAGGGGGAGGAGGGGGAGGAGUUUGAGUGUUACCCCCCGGGGAUGAAGGUGCAGGUGAGGUAUGGGCGAGGCCGCAGUCUGAAGACGUACGAGGCCACUGUGAAAGAGGCAGACGUGGAGGGGGGAGAGGUGCUCUACCUGGUGCACUACUGUGGCUGGAACAUCAGAUAUGAUGAAUGGAUCAAAGCGGACAAGAUUGUUCGGCCCGCCAAUAAGAACGUACCAAAAAUAAAGCACCGCAAAAAAAUAAAGAACAAAGCCGAAAGGGAGCGAGACAGGUUGGAGAGGCUCAAUGACAGAGAGGUCCUCGGCCCUUCGCCCAACAGUAACCGCGUCCCACGCUCCAAAUGUGGCCUGAGUCAGGAUGUCUUUUCCAAGAUGGACGAGGGUGAGGACAAAGGGACUCCAGUCAAGUCUAUAGAAAUUACCUCUAUCCUCAAUGGCUUGCAAGCCUCUGAGAUGUCCACGGACGAAAGUGAGCAUGAGGAUGAGGAGGGAGAGCAUAAUGAAGAGGAGCACCCAGGUUGCAGAAGCAGCGCCAAGAAGGCCCCACUAGAGCCGCCGCAAAUUUCAGGGCGUUGGGAGAGCGGGACUCCGCCUGAAGGAUCAAAACCUGCUCCAGUCUCAGGAAAGAACCAGGAUUUGGUCAGUGCGGAGUGCACAGACGCUGCAAAGCGCAGAAGUCAACCUGAGUUAGAGGGAGAGGUAAGCACCAGAAAGAGGAAAUCUGAUGGUGCAGCAGAGAGGACGCCAAAAGGCCAAUCCAAAGGUAAGACAAGGAACACCAGGAGUGCCGACUGGUUACCCGGAGGCUCUCCCAGGAAGAUGGAAGAGAGACCGGCCGGUCCCGGGGAGGAGAGAGGGCCCUCGUCUAACAGCAGCUCAGAUUCUGAGGGUGCAGCGCUGGCUGAAUCCCAGGCUGAGGAAACUCAGCGAGGCCGGCCAAAAACCAAAGGUUCCCCCUCUAAGAAAUACAACGGGAUGAAGGAGAAGACCAAAUCUAGCAGACAAGCUGGGUUCUGGGAGAUUCCUGAAAAAAGGGCCAAAACGUCUGGGAAUUCAGAGGAAAGGCCCGCUGUCCGACCGAAAGGACAAAAGGACGUGUGGUCCAGCAUCCAGGCGCAGUGGCCGAAGAAAACUCUCAAAGAGUUGUUCUCUGACUCGGACACAGAGGCCGCCAAUUCUCCUCCCCCGCCUGUACCCUCGUGCCUGGAGGAGCCGGGUGUCGAACAGGAUGCUGGACCUGAGGACGAAGCCUUAGAGGAGCAGAUGGAAAACGACAAACUACAGGAGUUUCCAAGCAGUGGCAGUAACUCCGUACUCAACACCCCCCCAACGACGCCCGAGUCCCCCUCGGGAGGAGGCAGUGCUGUGGAAGACUGUGGUCAAGCGCAGCCUCCUUCCCCGCCACCAUCCAUCCCCCCUGCCUUGCCUUCAGAGACAGUCUCUGAGGCUGUAAACCCAGGACCCAUACAGGAGGAGGUGGCAGGCGUGCGCAGUGAGACGGACAGCAGCACGGUGGAGGUGGAGAGUCUGGGCGGGGAGAUGCAGGACCUCCCUCAGGACGAAGGGGCAGGUUCCCCCUCGAAGGUGUUCGACGUCAGCCUCUCCUGCAACAACAGCAGCAGCAGCUGCAGCCUAGAGCUGAGCAGCAGCAGCCAGCAGGAGAGCGAGCAGAAGUCCAAAGGAGCGCAUAAUGCGUCUGUGAGUCAAAAGCGGCAGAAAGAAUCACAGACAGGUGGAGCCUCAAAGAAACACAAGCCAAACCGCAAGAGCCUUGGUGUGCCUCCCAAAAAGAAUAGGAAAACAGCCAACAGCAGUGACAGUGAGGACCAGUCUGUUGUUGAGGGCACUGCCAAACCAACUGCCUCUAAGAACAAUGCACCAGAGGUGAAGCCUGCCACUUCACCCAAGUGUCAUGGACGAUCUCCGCCCUCGAGCCAUAAGUAUCACAAGCAGGGCGACGCCGACCACGGCCAGCACCGAGACAACCAUGGCAGAUCGCCACGUGUCUACAAGUGGAGCUUCCAGAUGUCUGAUCUGGAGAAGAUGAGCAGUCUGGAGAGGAUUUCAUUUCUUCAGGAGAAGCUGCAGGACAUCAGGAACCACUACCUCUCCCUCAAGUCUGAGGUGGCCUCUAUUGACAGACGACGGAAACGCAUUAAGAAGAAGGAACGAGAAAGCACGGUGGCUGCGUCCUCUUCAUCAUCAUCAUCCUCCUCCUCGCCGUCCUCCAGCUCACUGACUGCGGCGGUCAUGCUGACACUGGCUGACCCUCCGGUGUCAUCCUCAUCCUCCUCUUCACAGAACUCUGGGGUAUCAGUGGAGUGCAGGUGACAGGACGAAUCAGCAAGAAGCACUUAACCAGCACCCUGGGGUCACCGCCCCCAUUCCCUUCCAACAGGACGGACAACUAAACCUACAUACUGUAACUACUGGGGCACAAAAUCCAGACCAGAGACAAAAAAGAAAAAACAAGAAACAAGCACUAUUUUCUAUUGACAACUGUUUCCUUGGCAAGCUAAUGGCACUUAAGUGCACUUUUAUGAAGAUUGUGUAGAGGGAUGAAAUUUGUCAAAAAAAAAAAAUUCUAAAUUGUUUUUGCGCUCUUCUUAAUUGAACAUUUAUAAGAAUUGUUUUUGCAAGCAAUAAUUUUUUUUCAAUUUGAUAAAGUUGUAUUGGUAAGGGAUGAUUUCCAGUGAAGACCCCUCUGUGCUCUGUCAUCAUAGUUCAACAUGCUACAGCCAUGUUGUUUUUAUUAUUAUGAUGGGGGCACUGCCACAUUGGCAUUUAGGGUGUAUGAAAGGUAACUUUCAUGUUUCCGUGUCCACCCGCAUUAAAAAGGCCUUCAUGUGGUUAAACCUCAAGCGGUUGACGAUGCUCUUCUCAUGUACAGGCAUGUGGUCCUGUACAUGUUUCCACUGAGUCACAUAGGUGGUGAUGGAGAAGGUUAAUAUGGAUUGAUACUGUAGUGCCUUGUUGUUCUUUUCCGCGGGGCACUUUGAGGAAGGUGAGCACUUUUUUCCCCCUGAUCCUCUUCUCAAAUCAGAGGGUCAUCUGGAAUAAUGUUACCCUUGAUGAAAGACUGAGGAUUUCUGUAAGAGUGAGCAGGCAGUGAAGGGCUGAGACUGAAAACAAUGGUGGGGGGGGGGGGUUAUCAGCGUGUGGUAAUGUUUGAAAAUUGUAGAAGCCGAACUCCUAUAAUGGAUCACCUGUAAUCUACUCAUCCAGCUUGGGUACAACUAUUAAGUUAGGCAGUGUAAAAUGUGCAAUGACGGAGUUGGUGAAUGCAAUGUCCUUCAGUUCAUCAGCCUUUUAAAAGCCAUCUGCUUUAUUUGACCAUGUUUUCAUCGCCCGUGUAAUCCCCCUCUCCCAUCGUUUUCACUGAGGCGCACAUGUGCAACUGGAUUGCGUAAACUCGAAGGCCACCACACGAGGAAUUCACAGCAUGAACUCAGCACCGCAGAACACAUGAAUGAUGCUGAGUUCCACAUAGCCAGUGUUUCACGCUACAUGAAGUUAUUUAAUUUCGGCAUACGUUCAACUUUCCCCCAUAAAAUAUAGCAACGCAUCUCGUUCUUAUUUUAUUCGUGAUCUGUAAGGACAUGCCAGCUUCCUCUCGUACUCAUCCCUACCAAAAAUGUUGGGCUUCGUUUCCUGUACUAUGACCAGAUCAAAGGUAAAGAUAUUGUAAAUGUACAUUUAAAUCAUAAAGUGAUGUAUGUGUAUACAUUUCUGAAGACAUCUCCAGUGUUUCCUUUGUAUAGACGCCCUACUGUAUGAUAACCUGAAGUUGCUUUUUGUUUGGCACUUGUAUGUAAUUGUAUGCUUUUGUUAUACAUUUGUAUAUUGAGAAGUGUUUUGAGUCAAGCUAUUUAAUAUCUUGCACUGUUGAUAAUAUGUACCUUUCUGUACAGACAGUUUUAUGGUUUUAACUGUAGUUUGUGUAAAUACUGAGGGUUACAGCAUGUUUGUUCUGCUCCUUUGUCCUCGUUCUUUUCUCCUGUAGGAACAGGUUUAUUUGAGUUUGUGUUCAGUUCUGCCUCAUUCAUCAGUUUCAGUAACCUUUUUUUUCCAUUCUCCCCCUUUUUUUCAUUUCACGUUUUGCUUCAGAUCGUUUUCCGUUGUUUUUCUAUAGCUUGUCGCUUUUACGAGGAGAAUGGUGGUUUUCGAAUGCAGCGGGACUAUUUUCCGACCUGUACACGGCCUGAGGCUAAAGCUGUAUGAACCUGUAAAUGGAACAAAGGUCAUGAUCAUAGAUUAAGAGAAAGUAAUGGAGCUUAUUGAAAAAUGCUCAAUAGUAUUUAUUAGGCUCAUCUGAUGAUGGUCAUUGUGUAAUUUAUUGUAAAAAUGUAAGCAAAGCAGAAGCCUCUGUUUGAAAUAAAUGCCAUAGUUUGUGAAGUA